AUGUUAGCCACGUUGGCAGGCAAGUUGAAUAGCAAUGAAGCCUUCAACCCCGAUCGUGGGUUCCAAGUGGAUGUGGUGUUUGUAUCCAUGCCUGGCCGAGGGUCCGGUCGACAUAAACAACGCAAUGCGGGACGUUUAUGUUUGGAUCGAGUCAAUAAGAAAAAGAAAUGCAUCAUCCCCAUUCGAAACAGAGAUGCCUUAUGCUGUGCCCGCGCCAUUGUCACCAUGCGAGCCCAUUGCCAUAAAGAUCAAGGCGUGGACGGGUUUCGCGACUGGGAGAAUCUCAAACGUGGUCUUCCUGUGCAGCAACGUCAAGCCCAGGCCUUACAUCAGCAAGCGGGAGUCGCUGAGGGUCCCUGUGGUUUACCCGAGCUUCGCCAAUUUCAACAAGCGUUGGGCUCUCAAUAUCAACUCUUGGUGAUGACCCGGAUGAAACCGUUCUUUUUGAUGUUCAAAGGCCCCGCCGCCCCUCAUCAGAUUCGUUUACUGAAAUCCAACGAUCAUUUUGAUGGCUGCACGUCCUUUCCUGCGUUUGUCAACCGUUCGUAUUAUUGUGUGGACUGUGAACGGGGGUUCAACACCAACGAUCGGACCAAUCACACUUGUCAAGGGAGACGCUGCUCCGCGUGUGGGCGCUUUGAUUGUCCGGAUUAUGUGCGGGGCACCCGUCCCACCGAGUAUGGCAGACCGUGUCACCGCAAGUUUUAUGGUAUCCAUUGUAUGCAACAUCAUGUGGUCAGCCGGCAAUGUCAAUCCAUCAAAAACUGUCGCAAGUGUCAAGCCCAAUACACUUUCGUCCCCAACAAACGUCACCAGUGCGGGUACGCCAAAUGCCUCGCCUGUCAGGAAUGGGUGCCCAUCCAGGACCACAAGUGUUACAUUCAGCCUGUGGUGGAACGCGAGGAGUCCGAACCAACAGAGGAGGGGGGAGGUAGCAUGGUGGCGCCACCCCCUCCCCUGUUUGUUUACGCGGAUUUUGAAGCCAUGCAGAAUGCGGAAGGCGUGUUUGUAGCCAAUUUGUUAUGUUAUUCAUCGAGUGCAGAAACGACCAUUCAUGUAUUGGACGGGGAGGACUGUGCCCUACAAUUUUUGCACGAUUUGGAUGAUCUCACGGACGUUCCGGACCGUGAGGAGGAGCGGGAGAUUCUCGUGGUGUUUCACAAUUUGAAAGGGUUUGAUGGCAUGUUUAUUCUCCAUGAACUCUACCAGCAACAACGCGAGGUCGUGGACCAACUGACCGUGGGAGCCAAAGUCCUGUCUUUCAGGAGUGGACCUAUCAAAUUCAUUGACUCGUUGUGUUUCUUGCCCAUGCCGCUGGCCUCCUUUCCCAGCACCUUCAAUUUGACCGAAUUAAAGAAGGGAUUCUUUCCCCAUUUGUUCAAUACCCCCGACCACCAACAGUAUGUGGGCCACAUCCCCGAUUUGGAAUUUUACGAUCCCGACGGCAUGAUGGCCAAAAAGAAAGACGAACUGACCCGUUGGCAUGCAGAUCAAGUCCGUCGGAACGUGCCCUUCCAUUUCAAGCAAGAAAUGAUUGACUAUUGCAAGUCGGAUGUGGCUCUCUUGAAAGCAGGGUGUGAAGCCUUUCAGCAAGAAUUUGAACAGCAGGCUGGCUUCAAUCCCAUGGCCAAGUGUAUGACCAUCGCCAGUGCCUGCAAUCUGUAUUGGCGCAAGCAUCAUUUGACCCCCGACACCAUCGCUGUGGAACCUCUCGGAGGGUGGCGAGGGGCCCAAGUCAACCAAUCCCUCAAAGCCCUGCAAUGGCUCUACUACCAGGAACACCUCAUUCCCAAAGAGGGGGCUAGUGCUGACCGCAUUCGACACGUUCGCAACGGGGGCGAACAGUCUAUCCGAACGGGCGCCCACAGUCAUUUUGUCGAUGGCUACGAUCCCCUGACUCGCACCGUCUACGAGUUUCAUGGAUGUCUCUACCAUGGCUGUCUCCGCUGUUAUCCCAUGAGAAACGUCAAACAUUAUGCCGUGCCGGACAGAAGCGUCGAGGAACUCUAUCAAGCCACGCUCUCCAAACGCAUGGCACUGCUCCGAGCAGGCUACACGGUGAUCGAAAUGUGGGAAUGUGAAUGGGACAAAUUGGUGGACACGGAUGAAGCCGUUCAACGUUUCCUGACUUCCUUUGAUCUGGUUGCACCCCUGGAACCCCGUGAAGCCUUCUUUGGGGGUCGAACCGGUGCAGUGGCUCUGCAUGCCGUGGCUGGAGAGGGCGAGGAAAUACGCUAUGUGGAUGUGACCUCCCUGUACCCAUGGGUCAACAAAAACUGCCCUUACCCCAUUGGGCAUCCAAACAUCAUCACUCAGCCUGCCGACCAGUCCCUGGAGUCCUAUUUUGGUGUAGCCACCGUGGAUAUUCUUCCUCCGGCUGGAUUGUUCCACCCCGUCUUGCCUGUGCGUAGCGGGAACAAACUCACCUUUCCUCUCUGCCGUGCCUGUGUCCAGACAGAGCAGGCCCAACCCAUGUUGACCCGAACCCGUUAUUGCCCUCAUUCUGACGAGGAUCGCACGCUACGCGGAACCUGGUGCACGCCCGAACUGGUCAAAGCCGUCGAAAAGGGGUACACGCUGAUCAAGAUCCAUGAAGUCUGGCAUUUUCCCCCCGAGCAACGCCAAACGGGUCUUUUUGCCAAUUACGUGAACACCUGGCUCAAGUUGAAACAAGAAUCAGCGGGGUGGCCCGGCUGGUGUCAGACCCUCGAGCAGAAACGAGACUACAUUCUUCGCUACCAGGAACGGGAAGGAAUCCGACUGGACAUUGCCAGCAUUGCCAAAAACCCCGGUCGCAAGGCCACGGCCAAGCUCAUGCUGAACAGUUUCUGGGGCAAAUUCGGGGAGCGGAUCAACAAACCCACCACCGUCACCGUCAAAGACCCCGCCUAUUUGUUCAACCUCAUCUCCGAUGCUGCCCUCGAUCUCAGUACGCUCCGCCUUUGCACUGACGAUAUCUUGGAAGCUGUCUACACCUGUGUCCAAGACAAUGCUGUCAAAGGCACCAAGACCAAUAUCUUUGUAGCCGCUUUCACCACCUGUCAUGCUCGAUUGAAGCUCUACGAGUCCCUGGACACCCUUCAACAGCAAGUCCUUUACUACGAUACAGACAGUAUGGUGUACAAGUGGCGUCCCGGUCAACCCAGCAUUGCCACCGGGGAUUUUUUGGGGGACAUGACGGAUGAAUUAGACGGAGACGUCAUCACCGAGUUUGUUUCGGGGGGCGCCAAGAAUUAUGGGUACCAAACCCGUGGAGGCAAAGUGGUGUGCAAGGUACGCGGUUUCACCUUGAACGUACGUGGGUCAGCCAUUUUCAAUUUUCAGACCAUGAAAGAGAACAUUCUCUCAGAAUUAGACUCGUCACAGGACUCUCGCCGAAAUUUGAACAUUACCUACCCUCAUUAUUUCAAACGAGAUUUAGAAAAGAAACAAAUUCAAGUGGUUCCACGCGUAAAGCAGUAUCGGUUGGUGUUUGACAAGCGCGUCAUCGAUGUAGCCACCCGAUCCAGUCAUCCCUAUGGCUAUGAAAGGAUUGGGGACGAACUCGACCUCCUGUUAGAUUUGUAA